AUGCGUGUUGGAAUGAUUGAGCAAUCACUUGUCCUGUUUGAUGCAAUGAAGUUAGAAGGUUUGAGACCGAAUGAUUUCACGUGGAAUGCGCUGAUAGCAGGGUAUGCUAGAAAAGGACUUUGUGAUGGAGCUUUUGCAUUGUUCUCUAGAAUGAGUGAAGAGGGUCUGCCUCCAGAUUUGGUUACUUGGAAUGCAAUGAUUUCAGGAUUAGUUCAAGGUCAAUGUGCUGUUGAAGCUCUGGAGGUGUUCCGGGACAUGUUGAUUGCCGGAAUUAAGCCUAACCAUGUGACUGUUACAGGGCUGCUUCCUGCAUGUGCAUUGAUGAAUUCAAUUCAAAUAGGGAAAGAAAUCCAUGGCCUCAUAAACAGGAUGGUUCUUUAUAUGAAUGUCUUUGUCACUAGCGCUCUUAUUGACAUAUACUCCAAAUGUGGAAGUGUUAAAGAUGCUCAGAAUGUGUUUAAUGAGAUUCCUAUUAAGAAUGUUGCAUCAUGGAAUGCUAUGAUAGGAUGUUAUGGGAAGCAUGGCCUGGUUGAUUGUGCGAUCCAACUGUUUGAGACGAUGCAAGAUAGGGAAAUGCAGGCAAAUCAAGUCACUUUAAUCUGUGUUCUUUCUGCUUGUAGCCAUGGUGGAUUAGUUGAGAAAGGUUUGACAAUUUUUAGGUGCAUGAGAGAAAUGUAUGGCAUUGAAGCCAGCAAGGAGCAUUAUGCUUGUGUCGUGGAUCUUCUGUGUCGUUCUGGAAGGGUGGAUGACGCUUAUAGUUUUGUGAAAGAAAUGCCAAUUCGAGCCACAGAUUCAAUUAUUGGGGCUUUCUUCAAUGGGUGUAAAGUUCACAACAGAAGAGAUCUAGCUGAAAAGAUAGCAGAAGAUAUCUUGAGAAUGAAGUUGAAUAGGCCCGGAGGUCUUGUGACGCUGUCCAAUAUUCAUGCUUCUGAGGGAGAAUGGGAAGAGGUUGAGAAUGUAAGGAAGAUGAUGAAGGAGAAGGGAGUCCACAAGAACCUGGUUUCAGUUGGGUUGAGGAGAAGAACGAGUUCUCCAAAGUGAGACUAGGGAAAGCAAGCACGGGAAUUUGAGAUUGCAAGUAGUAUAUAUAUGAUGAUACGAUUGCUUUAUUCCCUUCUCAAAAUCGUCCAUAAAUUUAGUGAAAACAAAAAGUGUUUAUCGCCAUCUCAAAAUCGUCCAUACAUUUACAGAAAACAAAAAGUGGCAGACUGUUUAGCAAACUUCAGCUGCGAUUCUGAGUCUGACCAAUUGUUUUCUCUACAGCUGGUCUUCCUCAACAAACCAAGGUUUACUUCCCUUGAUAAAGUGAGCUUAUUGAAUAUCAGUUUGGUAUCAUUCCUUUCAGCCAGCACAACCAAACACUGGAAGCCCAGUUUGGGCAAGCUAUAAUAUGGAACUGUCUAGAAUCAAUAUGACACAGCUGUAGUUGUUCAACUUUCAGAUGACUUAAAUUUUUGAAAUGGCUAAAGCGCAAAAUGAAGUUCCAGAACGUUUGAAACUUAAGUGAACUUUGGACUCUGAAUAACUUAAUCACUUCACUUGAUCACUUUGUUGCUGAAUCAUGUGGA